GCCCGACUGACCGCAUCGAAAUAGGCCGUGGGCCAGAUGUUGGGUGGGAGGGUCGGGGCCUUGCCCCGGGUAGCGGGGUUUUGGCUGACAGGGGUCCUCGGAAGGAAACCACUAAGCUGCAAUGCUGCGUCACUGAAAGGAAAUAACUCCCCCCAGUGUUGGAACUGCGGCGGCUCAGGGAACCUCAUUGAGGGGGACGGGUUCUUCUGCCCACAGUGCCGGGCGCUGCAGCCACCUGAUCCCACUAGAGACCACUUCAGCCUUAUGGACUGCAACCGUUCCUUCAGAGUUGACACUACAAAGCUCCAGCAUAGGUACCAACAACUACAGCGUCUUGUCCACCCAGAUUUCUUCAGCCAGAGAUCUCAGACUGAAAAGGACUUCUCAGAGAAGCAUUCAACCCUGGUGAAUGAUGCCUAUAAGACCCUUCUGGCCCCCCUGAGUAGGGGACUAUACCUUCUAAAGCUCCAUGGAGUAGAGAUUCCUGAAGGAACAGAUUAUAAAAUGGACAGGCAAUUCCUCAUGGACAUAAUGGAUAUCAAUGAAAAGCUUGCAGAGGCUCAGACUGAAGCUGCCAUGAAAGAGAUUGAAUGUAUUGUCAGAGCGAAACAGAAAGAGUUGACUGACAGCGUGAGCAGAGCUUUUGAACAAGAUGAUUUUGAAAAAGCCAAGGAAAUUUUAACAAAGAUGAGAUACUUUUCAAAUGUAGAAGAAAAGAUCAAGUUAAAGAAGAUUCCCCUCUAAUUGUUGCUAGUUUUAAAGUUUUAAAAAUAAAGUUCUUACAUAUUU